AUGUGUGGCCCACUCCUGCGGCGGCUGGUGAUGGAGGAGAGUCGGCACAGCACCCUCGUGGGGAGGCUUCUUCUCCCUGUGCUGCUGGGAUUCCGUCUCUUGCUGCUCGCCAUAGCCGGCCUGGACAUCUACCGUGAUGACCAGAGUGAAUUCACGUGCAACACCCAGAUACCCGGCUGCAAGGCCACCUGCUACGAUGCCUUCCAUCCCCUGUCCCCGCUGCGUUUCUGGCUCUUCCAGGUCCUCCUGGUUGCUGUUCCCAGUGCCAUCUACCUGGGCUUCACCUUCUAUCAUGUCGUCUGGCACUGGGAAGAGCCAGGAAAGCCACAGGAGGCUGAGAUGCUGCUCCGGGAAAGAGGAGGCAGCUCAGAUGCUACCCAGGGGACUGGGGCUCCCCGGAUCUUCUGGGCCUACGUGGUCCAGCUUGGGGUGCGGCUGGCUCUGGAGGCGACGGCCCUGUGGGGCCAGCACCACCUCUAUGGGUCCAAGAUUCCUGGAUCGCUCUCGUGCCGUCGGGAACCGUGCCCUGGCAGUGUGACUUGCAUCCUGUCACGGCCAUCGGAGAAGACAAUCCUUCUCAAUGCCAUGCUGGGCAUCAGUGGGCUCUGUGCCCUCUUCACGCUCCUGGAGCUGCUGCUGCUUGGCCUGCGGAGAUGGCUGUCCACCUGGGAUCCCAGAGCUGCCUUUGCUAAGUGCUGCCCCAGGAUUGCCAGAGGCCCCAAGAAAUCGAGCAGCACCUCCCCAGAGGCGGCAGCCAAGGAGCCAGCACGAGAAGCAGUUGAUGGACAUUUAGAUGUCUUACACUCUGAUCAUAUGUGUUAUGGUGCUAUGAAUGUGUUUGGAUAA